UCACGAUAAAAAACAAAUUAAAAUUAACAUUAUUCUGAUCAGUUGGACUUCCACAGUUCACUACUAUACAAGUCACAGGCAUGUUGUCAGCACUCAAAAUCACCAAAAACGUAAAGUUUAUAAAAUAAUUAAUCCAAUGAAUGUCUUUAAAUACUAUAUUAAGCUCAAAAUCACGACAAAAAACAAAUUAAAAUUAACAUUAUUCUGAUCAGUUGGACUUCCACAGUUCACUACUAUACAAGUCACAGGCAUGUUGUCAGCACUCAAGAUCACCAAAAACGUAAAGUUUAUAAACUAAUUAAUCUAAUGAAUGUCUUUUAAUACUAAAUUAGCUAAAAAAUCACGACGAAAAACAAAUACGAAAAAUCAAAAAUUACAUUGAGUUUAGGUUAAGAACGGUUUUGUGUGCCAACCAAAGAUCACGUGAUUUAACUUUGACAGGUCGAUGGAUUCCCUAAUAUUAUAAUACCUUUUGAUUUAGUUUUCCUUGCAAGAAAUAAACAAAACACAUCUAAACUAAACCUAACCUCGCUUUUGGCCAUUCAUUCAUCUCCAUGGUACAAUAAAGUUUCAUUUUAUUGUACCAUGAUUCAUCUCCGUGUCAAAUAAUUUCGACAGUCGCCAUAUUGAAAGCAUAGAGUUAUAUAUUAGCAUAGAGAGAGUGUCAUUCAGAGCGAAGUGACGACACCAUCUUUUUUAUUUGGAUUAGUGCUGUUUCACUCUUACGCAUAGUAAAGCUACUACAGUUGUCCUCCUCUUCCGUGCCUAUAUUCACACUGAAUGUCAUCAUAGAUUUUCGAUACAAUGUGUUAGAAAGAGAUGCUGCAAGCCAGUUCAUGAGAUCUUGUCGUCAGGAAGCGCGGAAGGUAGGCUCCCUCUAUGUUAAUAUAUACCUCUAUGAUUGAAAGCGACUUGUUUUUGGUCGAAAUUUGAUUUAGAAUCAGGGCCAUGGUCAAACCAAAGAAUACUCCAUCCAACAAGAAGCGAAAUCAUCGACUAUUUCAGGAUCCAAAUUUCUUUGCGCAUGUACGAUCCGCCAUGUUUCAUGUAUUAUUUCUUAUUUCUCAACCUAACCCCUAACAACUGUUUGUUGAACCCGGUUCAACAAACAGUUGUUAGGGGACGAGCCGUUAAAUACCGCUAUGAAUUCCACGAUUUUAUUGGUUAGAACUACCCACGUGAUAUCUGUGUUCGUAUUGGUCAGAGAAUUAAGCAAUAAAGACAAAUGACAAUCAGCUGUUAGACAUCAUUAUGUGAUGGAAUUUUUAUUUUGAUGUAAAUAAAUAUUAUUACUGAUAAUUUGUAUAAGCAAAAUUAUUGUACUGCACCUACAGUGACUCACAGCUUCAAUUCUGAAAUGAUACAGUCGUUACUCAAUAAAACUAGCUUGUGUCAGUGACCCAAUAUAAGAAAAAAAAUUACAUACUGACAGUAAGUUACUAACUAUAAGUCCUCUAAAAUAGCAAAGCUAUGUUUUGGGUUUCAAAUAUACCAUAUACCAUACUUAAAUAACAAUAGUUCUUUUAUUAUUUUGUGUACGAUUUUGAUAUCAGCUAAAAUGAUGUAAACUUUUAAAGGAGAAUAUUAAUAAAGAAAACAAAACUCCUUGUUGCUUAUUUCUUUGGCUGAUAAAAGAUUUAUUUCUUGCAGUUCAGCUAUGUAGGUAGAUUAUUCUUUUGUAAUAUCCGUUUAAUUGUUUUAGGGUUACCUAUUUUUCCAAACUGUGUUUCCACCUCAUCUCUCAAUUUUGGUGCACUUUUUUGGGAUUAUUUGCUAUUUCUCUGACAAUACAUCUUAGCUAUUAGGACUUUGCAGACGACUGCUCUGAAAAGUUCAUUUGAUGUUCAUCCAUACCAUUCUCUCAAGUUGCGCAGCCAAGAUAUUCUGCAUCUCCCUAUGCUUCUUUUUCCUUGAAUCUUUCCCUGCAUAAUGAGUUGGAGCAAGUUGUUUUGGCCCAUACAUGGCAACAUUUUUCAUACGAAUUUCUAGUUACAUACAAUCUAUCUUUUUAUGUCAUAAGGCCAAACCCAGUUAUACCAGGAAAUUGGCUCAGGCCAUAGCAUUAUUCUCUACAUAUAAAAACUUAGGAAAGUGUGUCCUUUUAGGUGACACAAUAGAUCGAACACAACGAGCCAUGUGUAUCUUUUUUAGUACACAGUGUUGAGGACAGUGUAUAUCUAAAAGGAUACACUGGCGCUGAGGGUGUUAAUUAUUGCAUAUUUGAAACCCAAAACAUAGCUUAUGCUAUUUUAGAAGACUCAUACUAACUUACCUACCUUCAGUAUGUAAGUUUUUUCUAAUAAAUAUUGAGCGACUGACACAAGCUAGCUUUAUUGAGUAGUGACUGCAUCAUUUAAGCUGUGAGCCCCUGUAUAUGUUUAUCAGUCAUGGCCUAGCUACACGUUAAAAUUGUUUCGUUAUCAUUCCCUGCGUUGCUUUCUUCAGCGUGCACACUGAUUUUUGUACAGCAGCUUUUGUAGCCAAUAGUUACUCUUGUUUGUUUUCUAGAUUUUUCCUAAUCAGGACUUGAUUUCUUUUUGGUUUGUUAGUAACUCCCUUCUACAAUAGAGAGUUUGGGGCUUAUUAUUCGCUAAAGUGUUGGAAUGCUUGUGGGUUUUGAUAUAUGUACCUACUACCACAACUGUCAAUACAAACUUUGAUCAAACUGAUAGUGUGACGACUAGAUUUUUAUAAUUUGAACAAACUGUAGUUGUGACGUCACUUCCUGAGUUUGCUCAAACUGUUUGAUCAAAUUAUUUGAUAGUGAAACCACGACUUUAAGAAUUUAAGUAACAUCAAUUUAAUUUGCAAUAAAAAAGAUCAUGAAGAUUUGACGAUGCUUGUAAAUACAUACACCCGAUUUAGAUAAUUUAAGUGACAGCAAUGUUUAGAUUGUUUUGUCAAAUAUACACAUGCAACAAAAAAUUUAAUAAAAAUUUGCAUAAAAAAAUUGAAGUGUUUUAAAGGUUUCAAUAUGUAAAAACAUUGAUGAACCACAGAAACGGUUUUUCUCCACAAAGGAACAAAAAUCGUAGCAACAUAUUAAUAAGUGAUACGUUUAAAAAUCCAAAUGUAAAUGAAAUUUCAGACUUUUUAAAAGGACACUAGACACAACAUGCCCUAUACUUCACAAAAUGCCGAAGAAAAUCAUAAUUAUUAUAUAACAUAUAAUUUCCCCUAAAUUACUUUUCCCCAUAUCCAGUACCUAUAUUAACUUUUAUGUAAAUUAUCUCUUUUUAAUUUUCAUGCAUUUAUAAUUUAAUUUAUAAGAUAUAUUCUAGUACUGCCGUGUUUGUAUUGAACAACUGAAAUAAAUUAAAAGAAUAUUAUAACUAUACAAUAAUUGUUUAUAUUUUUUAUGAGAUAAAAAGAAAUAUUUUAUGAGACUAGGUAGAGUCUAGAAAGAAGACUAGUAGAAACGAAUAAAUAGUGUUUUUUUAAUCAAUACCGUUUUUCAAUAUACAUAUUGAUUUUCUACCACACUUUUAUUUCUGUCAUAAAAAUUGUCAAAGAUAAACAAGAAAUUAAUAUUUAUCCAUCAUCCUCAGUCAGCUGACUUGUUUUCUUGAAACGACACUUUGCAUACAAUAUUGGUAUUUAAAUAUCCCGCUCUGUCAUUCUUAAUCAUUUGACCAAUACGAACACAGAUAUCACGUGGGUAGUUCUAACCAAUGAAAUCUUGGAAUUCAUAGCGGUAUUUAACGCUUCGUGUUAGGGGUUAGGUUGAGAAAUAAGAAAUAAUACAUGAAACAUGGCGGAUCGUACAUGCGCAAAGAAAUUUGGAUCCUGAAAUAGUCGAUGCUUUCGCUUCUUGUUGGAUGGAGUAUUCUUUGGUCAAACUGUCAAGUCAAACUCAAACGUGAAUCUGGGACAUCUCGGUAGAGCAUGAGCAAACUAAAUUUGUAAAUAUAAUAAAUGUAAUGUAGAGUUUUGAAUCGUUGGUUUUGAAACAUAAUAAAAUGGAAGUGAAACAAGAAUUUAAUGAGGAGACGUGCAAAAUAGAAACAGAGGAUAAUGACUUGGAUGAUGCUCUUCUAGAUGGCUUUAAAUGUGAAAUUAAAGAGGAAUCCAAUAUACAAAGUACACCUGGCACAUAUGAUUAUUUAGAGGAAAUUCCUACAAAUACUGAAAUACACCAAGAUCCAAAUAAACUGAAUCCAUUGGAAGAAAACCAAACCAGUGAAAAAGGUUUUACUCAGGAGGAGAAUAAAAUGAAAAUGAAGGAAACAUUUUGUGAACACUCAUCUCGCAAACAACACUAUACGAAACGACGCGCCAAAGGAAAAACUGGAAAUAAAAAUAUAAAAGUUCAGACUGGACAGGGACCUUACAAAUGUGAAAUUUGUUUAGAACAGUUUUCUAAACCACAUCAAUUGAAACAACAUUUAAUAACGCACAGUGGAGAAAAACUUCACAAGUGUGAAAUUAGUUUUACGAAGUUUAGUGGCGCAAAUGAUUUGAAAAGACAUUUGAGAGUACACACUGGAGAAAAACCUCACAAGUGUGAAAUCUGUUUGCAGCAGUUUAGUCAAGUAGAUUGUUUGAAAAGACAUUUGAGAUUGCACACUGGAGAAAAAUUUUACAAGUGUGACAUCUGUUUUAAGCAGUUUAGUCAAGCAGGUACCUUAAAAACACAUUUGAGAGUGCACACUGGAAAAAAACCUCAGUGUGAAAUCUGUUUUAAGCAGUUUAGUCAAGCAGGUAAUUUGAAAAAACAUUUGAGAGUGCACACUGGAGAGAAACCUCACAAGUGUGAAAUCUGUUUGCAGCAGUUUAGUCAAGUAGAUAGUUUGAAAAGACAUUUGAGAUUGCACACUGGAGAAAAAUUUUACAAGUGUGACAUCUGUUUUAAGCAGUUUAGUCAAGCAGGUACUUUAAAAACACAUUUGAGAGUGCACACUGGAGAAAAAUUUUACAAGUGUAACAUCUGUUUUAAGCAGUUUAGUCAAGCAGGUACUUUAAAAACACAUUUGAGAGUGCACACUGGAAAAAAACCUCACAAGUGUGAAAUCUGUUUUCAGCAGUUUAGUCAUUCAGUUAAUUUGAAAAACCAUUUAAGAGUACACACUGGAGAAAAACCCCACAAGUGUGAAAUCUGUUUUAAGCAGUUUAGUCAAGCAGGUCAUUUGAAAGGACAUUUGAGAGUACACACUGGAGAAAAACCCCACAAGUGUGAAAUCUGCUUUAAACAGUUUGGUGAUGCAAGUAAUUUAAAGACACAUUUGAGAGUGCACACUGGAAAAAAACCUCACAAGUGUGAAAUCUGUUUUCAACAGUUUAGUCAUGCACAUCAUUUGAAAAACCAUUUAAGAGUACACACUGGAGAAAAACCCCAUAAGUGUGAAAUCUGUUUUAAGCAGUUUAGUCAAGCAGGUCAUUUGAAAGGACAUUUGAGAGUACACACUGGAGAAAAACCCCACAAGUGUGAAAUCUGCUAUAAGCAGUUUGGUGAUGCAAGUAAUUUAAAGGCACAUUUGAGAGUGCACACUGGAGAAAAACCUCACAAGUGUGAAAUCUGUUUUCAACAGUUUAGUCAUGCAGUUAAUUUGAAAAAACAUUUAAGAGUACACACUGGAGAAAGACCUCACAAGUGUGAAAUCUGCUUUAAGCAGUUUAGUGAUGCAAGUAAUUUAAAGACACAUUUGAGAGUGCACACUGGAGAAAAACCUCACAAGUGUGAAAUUUGUUUUAAGCAGUUUAUUACGGCAAGUGAGUUGAAAGUACAUUUGAGAGUGCACACUGGAGAAAAACCUCACAAGUGUGAAAUCUGUUUGAAGCAGUUUAGUCAAGCACAUCAUUUGAAAAGACAUUUGAAAGUACACACUGAAGAAAAACCUCACAAGUGUGAAAUCUGUUUUAAACAGUUUAGUGAUGCAAGUAAUUUAAAGACACAUUUGAGAGUGCACACUGGAGAAAAACCUCACAAGUGUGAAAUUUGUUUUAAGCAGUUUAUUACGGCAAGUGAGUUGAAAGUACAUUUGAGAGUGCACACUGGAGAAAAACCUCACAAGUGUGAAAUCUGUUUUAAGCAGUUUAGUCAAGCACAUCAUUUGAAAAGACAUUUGAAAGUACACACUGAAGAAAAACCUCACAAGUGUGAAAUCUGUUUUAAACAGUUUAGUGCUGUAAGUAAUUUAAAAACACAUUUUGAGAGUGCACACUGAAAAAAAAUCUUAAAGUGCGAAAUUAGUUUUUUUUUAUUAGUUUACUAUUCGCUCUGAGCGUUAACAAAGUGUUCCGGAAAUGCGUAUUUAAAAUCGAAAUUAAAUAUUAGCGCGCCAGACAAAGAAAAUGUCGAUUCGUUGAUUCCAUUUUUAUUAGCCUGACGGACGAGAAAUUGUCAUCGUCUCGUCACCUCGCUUAGAAAUUUAGUACCCUGACUCAAUUAGAGUUAUACACAUGUGUUGUUAAAAAUUUGUCGACCAUACGUGAAAAUUGUAUUUUUUUUUUGUUGUUUUGAAUAAGUGUUGUAAUCAUUUUUGUAUCUUAACUCCUUUAGUGUUUUAUACAGAAGUAAAGAGAAAAAUUUACCUAAAUGUUCAGUUUGUCGUAGACUAUUGGAGUCUACUUAUUGUAUUUGUGAUUUUAUUACCUCCAAAUUCAGUGCGGAACUAACAGAUUUGUGGUGUUUGCUCUAAGUUUGAGCCGUGGCCGUUCGAGAGUCCUAAGCCCUAAGUUCGAGACCAGCAGAUUGCUUCGGCCAGCAGAAGUUCGAGAAAUAAUAUCCUUGACUUGAAACCAGCCACCGUGGAGUGCAAUGGACUAUGGUAGCUAUAAAGAACUUUUGAAUAAACAUUUUCAUAGAAAUUUACAUUCAUAGAUAUUUUGAUUCCAUAUUCAAUGAUAGGUUCUUUUUUAAUUUAAUUAUUGUUUGUAUUUUGUAACCUUUUUGAUCUAGGAUAAUUAAACCUUUACCUUCUCAA